CUUAUCCUUCUCUCUCUAAAACCUCUAAACUUCCCCUCUCUCUCUCUCUCUCUUUUUAUUUUAAAUAAAUAAUAUAUAAAAAAAAUCAUUAGUGUACAUUUUGGUUGGAGUGGUGUCUUUGUUCUUUUGUUGCUCGGGAGUUUUGAUUUCUAGAAUUCCCGGCGAUCCGUUUGAGAUUGGGGACGCAUCCAGAUCGGAUCGAGGCCCAAACUUCGAAUGGAAGAAGAGUGUUUUAAGAUGAAAAAUGGUGUUUUUGAUGUUUAGUUUGAUAAUGUGGAGAUGAAAUGUAAAUCUAAAAGAGGUUUUAUAGUGAGAUUCAUGGGGAUUUGUUUUAGUAUUGAACAUCAAAAUCAACAUCAGCAGCAACAAGGACAACCACAAUCUUCUAUUGUUAGGGCCAUUAAUCAAGGAAAAGGGUGUGUUUCUAAACGAACUGACGCGGAAAGGCAAGAAUCAAUGGGGAUGAGAAGUUAUAGCAGCAGUUCGAUGACUCCUAAGAAUGUUAAUGAACUGCGCCAAAAUCCGGGAUAUAGUAAUGUUGAUAUAUUUACAUAUGAGGAGAUGAGAUUGGCCACCAAGUUCUUCAGGCCGGAUUUUAUUCUUGGAGAGGGUGGUUUUGGAAUUGUGCAUAAAGGAGUUAUAGACGAGAGUGUCAGGCCAGGUUACCCGACAACACAGGUUGCAAUUAAAGAGCUUAAUCGCGAAGGUUUCCAAGGCGACAGAGAAUGGCUGGCGGAAGUCAACUAUUUAGGACAGCUUAGCCACCCAAAUCUUGUGAAGCUCAUUGGGUACUGCUGUGAGGAUGAGCACAGGAUAUUAGUCUAUGAAUAUAUGGCGAGUGGUAGCCUGGAAAAACAUCUUCUUCGCAGGGUUGGUUGCACUUUGACUUGGUCAAAAAGAAUGAAGAUUGCUUUACAUGCAGCAAAAGGACUUGCUUUUCUUCAUGGUGCAGAGAGAUCUAUCAUAUAUCGCGAUUUCAAGACAUCAAACAUCUUGCUGGAUUUGGAUUUCAAUGCAAAGCUUUCCGACUUUGGCCUUGCAAAGGAUGGGCCUAUGGGAGACCAGACCCAUGUGUCAACACGAGUGAUGGGCACAUAUGGUUAUGCUGCUCCUGAGUACGUGAUGACUGGACACUUAACGGCUCGAAGUGAUGUUUAUGGUUUUGGGGUUGUGCUACUUGAGAUGCUCCUUGGAAGGAGAGCAGUGGACAAGAGCAGACCUAGUCGAGAACACAAUCUUGUUGAGUGGGCUCGCCCACUUUUGAACCAUAAUAAGAAGCUUUUAAGGAUUUUAGACCCUAGAAUGGAAGGACAGUACUCAGUUAGAACUGCAAUGAAAGUGGCCAAUUUGGCAUACCAAUGCCUCAGUCAAAACCCAAAAGGGAGGCCAGUUAUGAGCCAGGUAGUCGAAUUACUCGAGAGUGUUCAAGCACAGGAGGGAAAUGAUGAAGAAGCAAUGCUUCAAAAGGGUGGCAGUGUAACCCUGUAUGAAGUUCCAAAACGUUCUACUCAAAGUUCUAAUGUGAAGCUCAGUGAGACUGGAAUUGAUAGUAAUAGAGAGACACGGAGAAGGGACAAACCUGCUAAUGGAAGGAGUAAGAGUGAGCCUCCAAAUGAUGAUGAUCUUUAUGUCCCUUACGACUCUGCUGCCACGGUCAAAACAACCGAUGAGAAAUCAGCUUUGGCAAGAAGUUGAUUUUGUACCAUAGUACGGAUUGAAGUUGAAGUUGCAACUGUAAAAGAUGUUUCAACAGGUCUGUGCUUUGGUGUUUUGAAAAAUCUACUUACUGUUUGUCUGUACCAAGUAUAGUUUGUAAAAGAGGUAUUAAGAGGUUAAGCUUUUGAGUUUUGCGUUAGUGGGAUUUCUGAUGUUUAUUGAAAUUGUCCAGCUGUGUUAUCAUAUCAGUUAGUACGCCCCACCCUUUUGUAUUAUUUUUGAGGUAAGCAUUCUGCUA